GUUAGUUUAUGCGCCGUUCUCAAGGCAACCCCAAGCUUGCUACUUCGAAGCCUGCAACCUCGGCGUCUCUCUCAAGCUAUCCCCUUCUACCAUGAAACUAUUUCUUGAGAAACAAACGUGUGAGGACUUCAGAACGCGCUGCUGACCAGUCCACUGCAGGGGAGUGAAUCGCUUGGCUGGUCUUUCACCUUGGCCAUCACGUCUGUGAGCUCGAUGAGUCAGUUACUGGCAGGAGCAUUGUGAUUGGCUUUUAAUAAUCGCAUCUUCAUGUGAGGCCAAAUACAAUAACUCAAGUCCCCUCCCCGUAGUGAGUCGAAGCCACGCUUUGUGAACAGCCCUCCCUCCAUCAUGGCUCUGGAGGUGGUCAACAGAGCUUUAAUGGUGAACAGGACCUAGGGUCAAAGGUCAAAGGGCAAGGCAAGGGCGGAGCUGGCCGUGUGAAAGAGAGCAUGGAGAGGAGGAGAGCGGGUGGAGCUGGGGCGCGGGGUCGGCGGCAGGCCCCUGAAUCGGGACCCCCCUCCUCUUCCUGCGACUCACCCUGGGAGGGGGGGCGGGAGAGCCCGGUGGCGGGCGGGGACUUCUUCGGCCAGAUGGACGAGAACGGGAUCAUCGGGCUGGGGGAGGCCUCGGCUGGGGAGGAGCCGGAGGAGGGGUCGGAGGGGGGCGCGGACCUGACCUGGGACCCCGGAGACCCGGACCCCGAAGACGGGCCCCCAGACCUCGAAGACGGGCCCCCGGACGAGGACCCCCUGGAGGAUCAGAGCUGCGGCCUGAGUGAGCUGGAGGACUCGGAGCCCCUGUCCCGGUCGCCUGGCCUUUCGCUCUAUGAGGAGGACGAAGGGCGUGUGGAGUUGGAAGACUGGGCAACGGAAGGGAACGAAGAGGAGGACGGUGACGGCGAGGAAGGUGCAGCGAGCUGGGCGAUCCGCAAUCGGCAGGCUGAGAAGCUUCCGGAAAGAGACAGGCAGCUGGACAUGACGGAUGAAGAGCGAGAGGGAGAGGACACGGCCACCAGGGGGCGCUGUGAGCCACUCUUCCUCAUCGCCACGGGAACGAAAGACAUGACGGAUGAAGAGCGAGAGGGAGAGGACACGGACACCAGGGGGCGCUGUGAGCCGCUCUUCCUCAUCGCCACGGGAACGAGAGACACACGGCGAGGCCGGGACGCCGUAUCCAGGGGCAGUUUCCAUGGUAGCGACCUCGCGGGGGAGAUUUCGGCAGGUCCGUUCUCAGGGGUCAGUUCCCCUCGUGAGGGAGAGGACGAUGGGAGGGGACUGUCAAAGGAGGGCUUCCCUAACCAGGACCUGUCCCCAAAUCCGUACCGACCCAGAGGGGCCGCGGCGUCCCCGCUGUCCCGCGCCGGGGCCCUGCACCCCUCCAGGGGGCAGCCGGACUCUGAGGCGGGGAUCGAGGGCGAGACUCCGCCCGAAUCCGGCUUCGCCGAGGGCCACCCGGAGUCCCGACGCAGCCGGCUCGGCCGAGCCCCGCCCACCGCCCGCCCGCCCUCCGAGCCCAAGGCAGAGGAGCCGCUCUUCCUCCCUCCGGCCCCAGUGGGCAGGGUGGAGGAGGAGGAGGAGGAGGGAGGUGGAGAAGGAGGUGUAGAGGAGAAGCAGGAGUGCGACCCGCGGCCUCUCCCUCUCCCCCGCAAGCCUCCGUCUCCGGCACCCUGCAGAAAAAAGAGUCCCAGCAUGCAUCUCUCCGGCCACAAAGCCCGGGCCCAGCUCCCCGAGCCCUCCCCUCGUUACAGCCCAGAACCAGGGGUGCGCAGGAGCCCCAAAGCCCCCAGAGCGAGCCCCCCCAAAUCCUCCACGGGAUGCAGGGACUCUGACCACGACAGGAAAGGGCAGCUGAAUUACCCCCUACCCGAUUUCUCCAAGGUGGGGCCUCGGGUUCGCGUCCCAAGGGGAGAGGGGUACAGGCCCCCCAAAAGCAAGGGUCCCACGCUUGGGGGGGCGUCCCGCGUGACCGCGCCCCUGCUGGUGUUUAAAUCUCCCGCCGACAUUGUGCGGGAGGUUCUGAUGAGUAGCGGGGACUCCCUGGCUCCUCGCUCCCCCCCCUCGCCCCCCCCGGCCCCCCUGGUCCCCGCGCUCUCUGCCAGGCCCCAGAGGCCCAUCGACAUCGCCGUGCCCCAGGAGUUUCGCUCCCCAGAACAGGCCAGCUCGCUGGUGCACCAGCUGCAGGAGGACUACAACACGCUGCUGACCAAAUACGCGGAGGCUGAGAACACUAUUGACCGUCUACGCCUGGAAGCCAAGGUGGGCCUGUACUCUGACCCUCCGAAGCCCAGCCAUUCUGUCCAAUCGGGCGCCAUCCAGAAGAGUUCAAAGGUCAUGACCCUGACCUUUCCCCAGGCCCAGAGGGCCCAGUUCGGCGCGGAUGCUGCCGGACCAGACCCAGCGGAGCAGUCUGGGACGUCCCGCGGGGAGUCCUCCUCCGCCCAAACCCAGGGGCCCGGAGCUGGAGGGCGGCUGACUGGGGACCUGGCCGCCCUGGCUGAGAGGUUCCAGGCACAGCUGGACUCGUUUGAAGAUCUACAGAAGAGCCGAAAGCUGAAGCCGUUCGAGCAGAUGAAGGGCCUGGCCGGGCUGGUGCAGGGUCUGGACUCGCUGGAGCGGGGUUACCUGAGGGCGCGGGACGAGCACAGGGCCCUGCAGCAGGGGGGCAGGGAGCCGCCCCCCUUCGAUCCUGACCGGGAGGUGGAGGGACAGAUAUUUCGGCUUGGUAUGCGCCUGGAGGAGCUGAGGGAGCGGGUGGAGCAGGCCGUCCAGGACCACCGCGGACCGGUGGCCCCUCCCUCCCCACCCCCGGCCCCCGAUCCACGCUCGGGGCCCACUCCGCACCCUGAGAGCCCGGUGUCCCCGGUGCGCGGAGGGUUUGGGGGGACCGUGGGGGCGGAGGUCAGCUCCGUGAGCGGGGAGAGUGAAGGAGAGGACUUCGGGCAGAUGGAGGAGGGGCUUCCGUCCGGCCUCCCCCCCGCCCUGCUCCGCAAGCACCAUCGUGUGGAGACAGACUUUAGCACCCUAAUGCACCACUACCAGAGUUUCAGGGAGCUUCCUGGACUGCUGGCAGAGGAAACCACAGAAGCUGAUUCCGCUCUGUUGCAGACAGCCUCUCUGGGGCAUGAUGGGAUAGCAGUAGGACUCCAGAGGACUGAUAGUGAGGAGGACAGAAGGACUGUCUUGUCCAUACAGCCUGAAAGAAGCCGUAAGGACACGGUGUUGGCCCCGCCCCCCGAACACGCAGUCGACCACCUGAAGGGGGUCUUUUCACUUCAGGAGCCCCUCCCACAACCCCUCCCGUUGCCGGGGCAACAGGGCGGUGUGGCGAGGCACGGCAGCAGGAAGUCGCACAGCAGCAGCCUGGCCAGCCUGGGAGGAAGCGCAGGCUCUGAGCCCCGGUCCUCCAAGCUGCUGCGCACCAGACGCACCACAGCGCCCUCUCAGGACGGACUCGUGUCUCCUGAGACGGACAGCGGAUUUGUGGGGUCGGAGAGCAGCCAUCUGAUGCCUGCCGCUGGCUGCCACCCCCAGCAGGGGGCGAGAGUGAGCCUCUCAGCCCAUCCGGGAGAAAGAGGAGAGGACCCUCGGCCAAUCUCUGGGCGUCCGGCCUCAGGCUCUGCCCACGGCCCUGCUCCUCGGAGACCCCCCGUGCAGGAGCGCGUGGGCGGCGCCCCCUUCGCUCCCGAGGUUCCGCGGUCGGGACGGGGGUCGGCGGGGGGGCGCAGCAGCCUGCCCCCAGGCAGCGCCUCGCCGUCCGGCUCCCCCCAGCCCUGGGCCAGCAGCCUGUCCUGCGGGUCUGAGCCAGAGAGCGAGCGUGGUGCCCUCAGCCUGUCAGAGGGGGAGGAGGGACGGCCCGUCCGUCACACACGGCUGGCCAAUCGGCAGCCCCGUCCGCGAAGCCCGUCCCCUGCCGUGCCCCGUCACCAUGGCGAUCCCCUCAGAGCCCUUGGCUCUGGCCAGCUGACAAAUCGACAUGAGGCCAUCCAGUCCUUGCAGGCCGAGGUCACCAGGCUGAAAGAGCGACUGGAGGACAGUCUCAGGCACUCAAACUCGCCAAGCCACAUUAGAUCGCCCCCUUCAGCCUCGGAGGAGGCAGGACAGCCUCACGGCAUCGAUACCAACACCAGGUCAGCUCAGUGCUGGCACAGUGGAGGGGGGAAGGAGUCUGAGAGUGGAAAGAAGGAGCGGGAGAAGGAGGCGCAGAAAAGGAGGGGCCCUCCCAGGCCCUCCCCCAGAAAGAGGUCGGCCUCCGUCCCACAGCGGAGGCCUGAGCUGGACGUCACCACUGAUUCUGAGGAUGCCCAGUCUGUCCCCAAAGCACAGUCCUCCAGGCGUAUCCCAGAAUCCUCUGCAGCGCGUGGAGGGCAGAGGAAGGCUCGUCCUGAAGCUGUGAUGCACAGAGGACCCUACACAAGGAAGCUGUACAGACUGACGCCCCCUGUAGGCGGUGAGGAGAAUGACAGCAUAAUCCGGAACAGCCGAAACGGAACCUGUCCGAACUGUCACUAUGGGAAGUUUCCGUCAGGGGGUACCUCAGCCUCGGUCCGAGUCCUCCCCCAUUCCCGCUGUCCUCUGUGCCGAGGGUCAGGCUGGGGCGGAGUCACCGAGCCAGACGGAGUCUCCGCCCUGCGAGGCAGCCAGCCAAUGGACUCGGCUCUCAAGGCUGGAGGCGUGUUCUUUGCAGCGGCUCCGCCUCCUCCGGCGCCAGGCAGCGUGCCUGUGGUUCCGUGUGUGCCGGUCUGCCCGUCGGUGCUGUAUGUCUCCAGCCCUGCGCUGAAGGCACUUCCCUCGUCCCUACAGCCUCUCUACCUCUCUCCGGACGGCGGCGCCGGCUCAGCGGCGGCCAGGAGCACGGGCGGGGGCCGCCGGCACGCUCGCUCCCUCUCGGCCGAUAACCGCGGCCUGAGCCAAUCCCUGAGCCGCGCCAUCGAGGCGGCGCGUGGCGUCAGGGCGGCCUCGCGGACCGUCGCCCGCUCCCUCGCCUCUGGGCUCCACCAGCAGGGGGUGCUCACACAGUCCUACCUCCGCUGACCACCAGAGGGCGCCUGCGAGCACAUGAGUGGACGUGCUGUGCAGUGCAGUGCUGCUCCCGACUCAGGGUCGCCUGUUCUGCCCCUGUCGUCUCCACGGCUACAGUGCUUUCCCCAAAGUGUUGUGGUGAAUCGUAAAAACAUGAGUUUUUCCAUGAGGGUGUGAAAGCAGGAAAAGGUACUGUGAUUUUUUUAUUUAUUUAUAAUUUCAUUUUUGAGAAAUCCUCUUCUUUCCUUUUUAAUUUAAAAGUGAGGCCCUAUAAGGUGACGGGAAGGAGAAUUAAUAUUCAUUCCUGCAAUAUCUCAGGUUUUAACGUAUCUAAGGGAUAGCUUAUCGAGGUUUGCCUGACAGUUAGAAAUGCCAAUGACGUGUUAAUAACUGUGUUAUACACCCUUAAUAAUGCAUUAUGUUCAACAUUAAUAACUGUUUGCAGGCCUGGAGGAUCCCACAGAUGCCAGCUUAGGUUCUGGGAUUUAUUGAUUUAUUGUUUAAAAUGUUUAAAAUGUUUAAAAUCUAGGAUUGGCGUAGCAUGAAUGGCCAUUUUAGGCCGUGUUGUUUCUUACUAUUAAAUUAUUAGUUCCUUCCGUAACCUUUUUGCUUUUUUUUAGUCAAUACUUUGCUGUAUCUUCCUAUUGAGAAAUGUACUGUGAAUUAGUUACUGAAAAAUAGGAAUUAUUUCUAAAUUUAGCUGUGAGUAGCAUUUUUUGUAAUGACGCGAAGCAAUGAGAAAGUAUGAAUAGUCUCUUUUUUUGGAAGAUUGUAUUUUUUUAAUCGCUUUUUCUCAGACCUCUUUAUAUUUUUGUAACAGAACUAAAAAAAAAACAAAAUCAAAUCAGAUCAUGCUUUGUACAAAAUAAACUUUGUAGCAACCCUGUUUUCCUGAAAAUGAUGACAAAUGCUUUCGUUUUUGUGACUUGCCUGGUGGAAAUAUAACUGGCCCUAUUCAGACUCCGGCUAUUUAUGGACCUGUUCUAGCACUGUUACCUAAGUAAGGCGUGUUUUAGG